AUGUCAGACCUCAGCGACAUGAGCAAGUUGUUCCGUCUCGACGGAAAGGUAGCAUUAGUAACCGGCUCUCGAGGUCUGGGACUCCACGCUGCAACAGCCUUCCUCAAAGCGGGAGCCAGCAAGGUCAUCCUGGCAGCCAGGAAAGCAGAGGGACCCCAGGGCUUGGACCAGGCCGUGAAGCGGCUCAAUGAACUGCCUGGAGUUCAGGGUUCGGCUGUUGGCAUAUCAGCCAACGUCGCUACUCUGGAUGGCAUUGAGAGUCUCCUUAAGCAGAUCGGAGAGAUUGUCGACAGAUUGGAUAUUCUCGUGGCAAACGCAGGUACUACCUGGGGUGGACCCUUUGAGCCGACGCCAGAUUGGUCGUCACAGAAGAUCCUCGAUCUGAACGUCCGUGGAGUCUUCAAUCUCGUCCGUCUCGCCGUACCAUUACUCGAGAAAUCCGGGUCGAGAUCCGACCCCUCGAGGAUCGUCAUCGUAAGCUCCGUAGCCGGCACCAACGUCACGCAUACCGGCGACCACGGGACGAUCAUGUACUCAGCCUCCAAGGCCGCAGCACAUCAUCUAGCGAGAAACUUCGCGGUGGAGCUGGGGCCGCGGAACAUCACUAGCAAUGCUGUUGCGCCAGGCUUUUUUCCCACCAGGCUUGCAAACGGUCUGAUCCAGGAACUUGGGGGUCAGGAGGCACUUGAACGGGAGAACCCACGACUGCGACUGGGUGUCCCGGAUGAUAUUGGGGGAGUGAUGGUCUUUCUCUGCUCGCGAGCUGGGAGCUAUGUGAAUGGCGAGGAUAUUGCGGUAGAUGGUGGUGCUCGAUGGAAGCAGGGGACGAAUCACAAGUUAUGA